UGUUUGAGGGGCGCGAGGGCUGUGCGACACUUCACAACACCACUCUCAACAUGAAACUAGGCAAAGUGAAAAAAAAAACAAUGACGACUUGAAGCUGUCUCUGUGUUGGUUUGGAAAGAGAGGAAACUAGUCCCUUGCCUUUUAUCUCUCUAAAUAGGGAAUUCAAGUGUAGUUGUGGGUUUCAGGAGGGGAAACCCUCCUGAACUUUGCCAGUUUUCAUUGUCAACUUCUUAGGGUGAUAAUGAUGGCAACAGAGGGUGGCAGCGAGGAGCCUGACCCCUUUUUGGUGGUGAACCGGAUGGCUGAGGCAGGAGUAGACGGGACCACCCAGUUGCCAGCCUGUCCUGGGCCGGGCAUCAGCAUAUCAGACCUGAGCCCAGCUGUAUCUCACCAUACCACUGUUAUACCACCUAAAAAGUCUCCUGAGGUCACAUACCCUAUCUUUGGGAGGAAUCAAAGACCUGGAACAGUCAUGUUUGCCUCAAAGGGAGGUAGCAUUGGUGGUGGACAUGUUAUAUUGGGGUCUUUCUCAGGAGUGGGGAGGGGAUUGUUAGAUCCUCUACCUGAAGAAGCUGUCAGCAGGGUACCAUCUGCACCUGCCAAUCCAGAGAAUGCCGUGAAUGCCUCCCCUCUGUUUCCACCGCUGGGCAUCGUUGAAGAAUGUGAUGUUCUGGAUGGGCCAGAAAUUGGGGAAGAGGAUGAAGUAGUGUUAACCCUUACAGCCCCACCUCCUAAUCAGUGGUAUCAUGGGAAGCUGGAUCGCAUGAUUGCAGAGGAGCGUUUGCUUCAGACCCAAACGCCUGGCAGCUACCUCAUCAGGGAGAGUGAUCGCCGACCCGGCUCUUUUGUGCUGUCUUUUCUUAGCAAGAACAACACAGUCAGUCAUUUCAGGAUCAUUGCUAUGUGUGGAGACUACUACAUUGGUGGCCGUCGCUUCUCCUCUCUGUCAGAUCUGAUUGGUUAUUACAGUUAUGUGUCCUGCCUGCUGAAAGGCGAGAAAUUGUUAUCACCGGUGGCCCCUCCAGAGCCUGUUGAAGAUCGUAGGAGGGUGCGAGCAAUUCUGCCAUACACCAAAGUGCCUGAAACUGACGAAAUCAGUUUCUUCAAAGGUGACACUUUUAUCGUUCAUAAUGAAUUGGAGGAUGGCUGGUUGUGGGUGACGAAUGUCCGGACAGAUGAGCAAGGACUCAUUGUCGAGGACCUGGUGAAGGAAGUGGGGCGUGAGGAGGACCCUCAUGAAGGAAAAGUAUGGUUUCAUGGCAAAAUUAGCAAGCAAGAUGCUUACAACCUACUGAUGACAGUUGGACAGGUGGGCCGAUUUUUACUGCGGCCCUCCGAUAGCACACCUGGAGACUAUUCACUGUACUUCCGGACCACAGAGACCAUCCAGCGCUUUAAAAUCAGCCCCACACCCUGCAACCAGUUCAUGAUGGGAGGCCGAUACUACAACAGUAUUGAUGACAUCAUUGAACACUACAGAAAGGAGCAGAUAGUUGAGGGCCAUAACCUUAAAGAUGCUCUAUCCAUCCAGCAACAGGAGCAGGUGCUCACUGACUCUGAAAAUGGUGAAGAAAUCUACAACACUAUCCGUCGAAAGACCAAGGAUGCUUUCUAUAAAAACAUUGUGAAGAAAGGCUAUGUCCUGUUUAAUAAAGGAAAAGGCAAAAGAUGGAAAAAUCUGUAUUUCAUCCUGGAGGGAAACGAUUCACAACUGAUCUACUUUGAGAGCGAGAAACGUGCAACAAAACCAAAGGGUUUAAUCGACCUGAGCGUCUGCUCUGUGUAUGAGGUCCAUGACAGUAUGUUUGGCAGGCCAAACUGUUUCCAGAUAGUUGUGCAGCACUUUAGUGAGGAGCAGUGUAUCUUUUACUUUGCAGGAGAAACCCCUGAACAAGCUCAGGACUGGAUGAAAUGUCUGCAAACCUUUUGCAAUAAUCUUAGGAAAUCAAGCCAGCCGCUUUUAAACAAACGUUUGCGUCAGGUCAGCAGUUUAUUUCUGAAUGUCGAGGAGGCUCACAAGCUGCCCAGUAAACAUUUCACAAAUGCCUACUGCAACAUUUACCUGAACAGCAUUCAGAUAGCAAAGACCCAUCCGCGAGAGGGCCAGAACCCCGUAUGGACGGAGGAAUUCAUUUUCAAUGACCUGUCCAGCGAAAUCAACAGAUUUGAAAUCAGUCUGAGCAACAAGACGAAGAAAAGCAAAGAGAGUGAUAUUUUGUUCAUGUGCUGUCCGCUGUGCCGUCUUCAGAGGGGUCAGAUGAUUGACGAGUGGUUUCUUCUGAGCUCUCAUGUGCCCCUGAAGAAUGUGGAGCCCAGCUCACUCCGUCUGAGAGUGCGCUACUCUGUGGAAAAGAUUAUGCCUGUGGAGGUGUACAGUGAGUUAAAAGAGAUGGUUCUGCUGAAGGAGUUGCACAUGAUCGGUGCCCUGGCUCACGUGUGUGGACAGGACCGCACUCUCCUCGCCAGCAUUCUUCUCAGGAUAUUCAGACAUGAGAACCUGGAAGCUCAGCUUCUCAGAGCUCUCAAUGACCGAGAGAUCAGUGCGGAAGAUGAAGCUACAACUCUUUUCCGUGCCACCACGCUGGCCAGCACUCUGAUGGAGCAGUACAUGAAAGCCACGGCCACUCCAUUUGUUCACCAUGCACUUAAAGACACCAUCCUCAAGAUCAUGGAUUUCAGGCAGUCCUGUGAGCUCAAUCCCUCUAAACUGGAAAAGAAUGAUGACUUGAACCUGAAUCUUGCUCAGCUCUUGAGCAUUGUGUCCGAGUUGGUGGAGAAAAUAUUCAUGGCGGCAGAAAUCCUCCCUCCGACUCUCAGGUUCAUUUAUGGGUGUUUACAGAAAUCUGUACAGCAGAAGUGGCCGAGAAACACAACCAUGAGAAGUAGAGUAGUGAGUGGUUUUGUCUUCCUCCGACUGAUCUGUCCUGCUAUUGUCAAUCCAAGAAUUUUUAACAUCAUUGCUGACCCUCCUUCCCCCACGGCGUCCCGGACACUCACCUUGGUGGCGAAAGCCGUCCAGAAUCUGGCCAACCUGGUGGAAUUUGGAGCCAAAGAGCCAUACAUGGAAGGAGUAAAUCCAUUCAUCAAGAGUAACAAGCACCGAAUGAUAAUUUUUUUGGACGAGCUUGGGAAUGUUCCGGAGCUGCCUGAACCCACAGAGCACUUUAACACUGAUCUGGCCCGUGACCUCGCCGCUCUACACCAGCUCUGUGUCACACACUUAGAUGAACUGAGGACGCUCAGCAAUGAGAGAGGAGCACAGCAGCACAUCUUGAAAAAACUCUUGGCUGUAACUGAACUUCUGCAACAGACCCAAACUCAAUAUGCAAUACCCAACAGCAGCCGGUAGACUAUUUCAGCUGCAUGAUUUCACAGUUCUACCUACAUUUAAGAGCUUUUCAAUGACUGCUAUUAGACAAUGUGCUGCACAAAUGUAUAAUAUUUGUUAUAGUCACAUGAUAUUUGAUCUCGUAGAGCGUUAUAGGGAUAGUUCGCUAUAAAAAAAAUCCUCUCAUGUAGUCACCCUCAUGUUGUUUGAACGACUUUCUUUGUUCUGUGGAAAAAGGAAGGAGAUGUUAGCCUCAGUCACCAUUCAUUUUCAUUGUAUGGACAAAUGAUGCAAUGAAAGUGAAUGGUAACUGAGCAUUACAUUCUGCUCUGUGUUCCACAGAAGAAAGUCAUACAAGUUUGUAACAACUUGAGGGUGAGCAAAUGAUGACAGACAUUUUCUUUUUAAGGUGAACUAUCCUUUUAUGCUCAAAAAAAUUAUAAAGCAAGUGAAUUUCAAUCACUAGUGAAUGAAGUCCUUUCAACCACCUGCAGUUGUCAUAAAGAGCUCAUAGUGACAUUAUCCAGGUGAGAGAAGUGAUGUUUUCCAGGUUCAUAUCUACUGUAGACUACAGUUUACACCAUUACAAUGUUUGCUCUGAAAUGGCAAACAAAACAACACUUUUCUCGAAAGUCUGAAAAGUGGAUAAACUUGUGCGAAAAGACCAAACAUGCUUUAUACAUUUGCUUUCUGUCUGGUUUUUCUUUUUAAACCGUGCUUGAGCAAACUGUAAACAGAAAAUAUUCUUUAUAUGUGAAUUUAUAUAUCCAUCCGAUAGUGCAAAGAAAGGUAUUUUGUAUCAAAACAGUUCUCGAAAUUUGAAUCAUAAAACAAAGUGCAAUUUUUCUCUGAAUUUUUCUAGAAUUGUUUUCUGACAAUAUGCAUAACGAUAUGAGUGAGAUUACACUAUCAGCAAUGCAUGCUCUCAUUUAAUGUUUUUGUAAAAUACUUGCAAUGAUUGUUUUCUAAUAUAUAUGCAAUACGCAAAUAAAU